CCUUACUCGGUCACUCUCUCCUCACGCCGUCGUUGAGACUCUUGACCUAACAAACCAAUGUGAAAAUUAUGUCUAAAUUCUUCAUCAUUUUUAAUAGCUCUUUGAAAUAAUUUCAGUCUCAUUUUUUGUUUUCUCUUCUUCUUCUUCUUCUUCUUCUUCUUAAGCUCCAAUGAAGAGAAAACCCAUUUGUUUUUUCUGAUGAAGAUUAUUACACUUUUAACAGUAAUCUUCAUUACUGAUUUUACACUACUUGUUAAUGGUUAUGGUUCUUCUUCAACUCUAGCUAUUGGUUAUGGUUCACAAACUGUUUGUGGAAUUGUCGCUGAAGAAACAAGACAAAAAAUUCAAUGUUUUGGAAGAAAUGGAAGUGUUUUGAUUCAACCCAAUUUUUCUUAUGAAGGAAUUUCUGGUGGGAAGGAUUUUUUCUGUGGAUUAACUUCAGGUGGGUCUAGUUUUUUCUGUUGGGAUUCUGUAUUUUCAGUGAAAAGGGUGUAUUUUAAUACUACUGUUAGAUUGAGAGAUUUAUCAGUUGGAGAAGAUCAUGUUUGUGCAAUUAAAAAUGACACCGGUUUUGUUGAUUGCUGGAGAGGUCAAAAUGGUAACUUUCCUUCUCCGGUGAUUCCAGAAAAGUUUCAGUCUUUAACUUCUGGUAAUGGUUUUUCUUGUGGGAUUUUGAGUAGUAAUCAAACAAUUCAUUGUUGGGGUAUUAAAAAUGAUAUUGCUUCUGAUAUUCAGAACAAAUUUGGUAGUAUAUCCAUGUUGAGUUUAAAUGCUGGAGCUUCUCAUGUUUGUGGUUUUAGUACAAAUGGUUCUUUGAUUUGUAAUGGAAAUAAUGCUUCAGGGCAGUUGAAUUUUCCUAGUUCAUUGAAUUCGACUUGGGUUUUGGAGAGUUCUAGUUUAGCACUGGGAUUGAAUCAUACUUGUGCUAUUACAAAACCGAAUGGUACUGUUGUUUGUUGGGGAGGUAAUGGGGGACUUACAGGAAAUGUUACACAAGGUGUACCAUUUGAGUCAUUGGUUGCUGGUUCGGAUUUUACUUGCGGAUUAACAACGUCGAACCUUUCAGUCAUCUGUUGGGGAGCUGGUUUUUCUAUGAAUACUACUGCUAAUUCAAGAAAUGGCCUUCCGUUGCCUAAAAUUAUUCCAGGUCCAUGUACUCAAUCUUUAUGUAGCUGUGGUGUGUAUCCUGAUUCAGAUACACUAUGUUCUGGUUCUGGAAAUAUUUGCAGGCAAUGUGAAAGUGAUAUUGGAACUCCAUUGACACCCUCACCACUACCGCCCUCACCAUCAUCGCCACCUCAGGAACCCAGGAGACAAUCAUUUUGGACAGCUAGAAACAAGGGUUUAUUGGCAUUUGCAAUCGUUGGAUCAGUUGGAACUCUUUUGGGUAUUUGCACUGUUAUUUACUGUCUUUGGACAGGAAUUUGUUGUUGUCGACAAAAAAAGAUUCAUAAUUCAGUGCAACCUACAAUUACUAGAGGCAAUUCUAAUCCUACCCAAAGUGGAAGUGGUUCUUUAACUCCUCCGUUUUCAAGAUCAUCCACCAUUAGACGCCAGACUUCGCUAGCAAUGAGACGCCAACGAAGUGGAACUUCAUCAAUUCGUGGCGAUAGAGCUCAGGAAUUUUCUCUGUCAGACCUUGCUUUAGCUACCAAUCAGUUCUCCCUGGAGAACAAAAUUGGUGGAGGAAGUUUUGGAUUGGUCUACAAGGGAAAGCUCAGCGAUGGCCGUAAAGUUGCCAUUAAAAGAGGUGAGAAUAGUUCCAAGCUUAAAAAACUUCAAGAGAAAGAAUCUGCAUUUCAAUCAGAACUAGAAUUCUUAUCGCGUCUCCAUCACAAACAUCUAGUUGGGUUGGUGGGAUUCUGUGUAGAGAAAGAUGAGAGGCUUCUUGUUUAUGAAUACAUGAAGAAUGGUGCACUCUAUGAUCAUUUACACUCGAUGAGCAACGUUGAGAAAAGUAGUAGUAUUUUGAACUCAUGGAAAAUGAGGAUCAAAGUUGUAUUAGACGCCGCUAGAGGGAUCGAAUAUCUUCAUGUCUACGCGGUUCCACCUAUAAUUCACAGGGAUAUCAAGUCAUCUAAUAUCUUACUAGAUGCAACUUGGACUGGCAAAGUAUCCGAUUUUGGGUUAUCACUAAUGGGACCUGAAGUAGAAGGAGAGUCUAUCUCGAUGAAGGCAGCUGGAACAGUUGGGUAUAUGGAUCCGGAGUAUUACAGCCUGAAUGUAUUGACUCCAAAAACUGAUAUUUAUUGCUUGGGUGUAGUGUUGUUGGAGGUAUUAACCGGUAAGAGAGCGAUAUUGAAAGACGAAGACGAUGGGGGAAAUUUGAUUAGAAUGGUAGAAUUGGUAGUUCCAAAGAUUGUGAAUGGAGAAUUGUGGGAUUUGUUAGAUGUUAGAGUAGGGAAACCGGAGGGGAAUGAAGCUGAGGCAGUGGAGUUGGCAGCUUACACAGCUUUGCGUUGUGUGAAUGUUGAAGGGAAAGACCGGCCAACGAUUUCUGAUAUCGUAGCUAAUCUUGACAGAGCUCUACUACUUUGCGAGGAGAUGGAUUUUGAUGGCAUCACCAUUGUUUCAGAGUGAAAUUCAAACCCAAGUAUUGAAUAUAAUUCUUUGACAUUGUUUCGAUUUUUUUUUUUCUGUAUAGGAUAGUUUCAUACUUAUAUCAUUUUUUUCUUUACUUCUACUCAUUGUAAAUUUUUGAUAUAACACUUUCUUGUAUCUUCAAAUUUUAGGAGGAAUCAUUUUUUUCAGUUAUUAUUUCUCAACAUGAUUGAAUCAGCAGACUACAUGUAAGUUUGUAUAGCAGUUUAAAACUCGUAAAACUCAGACUGUCUGGAAACUGAACAAAUUUAUUAUCGCGUUUAGCAGUAAAAA